AAUCUACCAAUCAGACGUGGCGGAUGUGACGUUUUUGGCAGCGACGUCCCGGGAAGUGUGAUGUGGCUGAGAGGAGAGCACUAUGUCUGCCAUUUUUAACUUCCAGAGUCUGUUGACAGUCAUUCUUCUGCUAAUAUGUACCUGUGCAUACAUCCGAUCUAUAUUUCCACAGCUACUUGACAAAAAUAAAACUGGACUACUCGGCAUUUUUUGGAAAUGUGCAAGAAUAGGUGAACGAAAAAGUCCGUAUGUCGCGGUGUGUUGUGUGGUGAUGGCCUUCAGUAUCCUCUUCAUCCAGUAGUUCCAGGAUUAAAUCAACCUUCUGCUAUAUUGUCUAGAUUUUGGAUUUAAUGUUAACUCAUGAAUAUUCAGAAAAUACUUUCUUGCCUGAUAUACAGUGGGUACCACAGAGUCAGUGUCCUAGGAGAAGGGCAUGAGUCUCAUGAAGCAAAAUAUGUAGAUGGUUUUCCCAAUACAAAAAUUUAUAACCAUGUGUGAGAGUACUAAAUAUUCUUGUAGUCAAAAUCUUCACCUGGUAUUGUCAUCAAGAAAAGUAGUAAAUUAUCUUAAUUUAUCCUUUGAUGACCAAAUCUACUUUCCUUUUGAACAGUACUUCAGUUUGCUAAAUAAAAAUGAGCCUUUUUCAUACA